AAAGUUGGACAGGCGAAUAGAAGAAGCCGUACCUGCAGGACAACAACUACAAGAGCUCGGAAUGAGACUUAGAUGUGAAGACCUCGGAUCGGAUCAGGAUGAGUACCUGGACGAAGAACAAAUGAUGAUGGAUAGGUCGCCCGACGAAAUCGAAUCCAACGAUGGAGAACUGGACGAACUGGAUUCCGAUAAUGAUCUAGGCGAUGAUGUGAUGAACACCACUAGUGACGGCGAACGAAUUAUUUACCCGUGGAUGAAAAAAAUUCACGUUGCUGGCGUUGCAAACGGCUCAUACCAACCAGGAAUGGAACCGAAACGCCAACGUACUGCCUACACUAGACAUCAAAUUUUAGAAUUGGAGAAAGAGUUCCAUUACAACCGCUAUCUUACUCGUCGACGGCGGAUAGAAAUAGCCCACACACUGGUUCUGUCUGAGCGUCAGAUUAAAAUAUGGUUUCAAAAUCGGCGGAUGAAGUGGAAAAAAGAUAACAAACUUCCCAAUACGAAAAAUGUUCGAAAGAAAAACGGCGAUCAAGGUAAAAACAACACCGCAUCAAACACAACGGGCGGUCCCGGGAAAAAAGGUCGCAAAGCGAACUCGUCAAGUUUAACAAACGCGAAGAAGCAAAUGAGUCUUCAAAACGAAUGUCUUCGCACAGAGAGCCUUGAAAGCAUGACGGACAUCCAUAAUUCAUUGAAUGGAAGUAAUCUUGCUUCAGUUCCUUAUAUUUCUGCAUCAGACGUAACCGGAGUGUUGACCACAAAUACCAACAACAAUAAUAUCAACCAAGACUCGUCAACGUCUCACGGUCAACAGCAGUCGUCACUCUUAAGCAACUCAACGGUGGCCAAUAAUGUAAAUAACGCAGUUGCGCAUUCCAUUAGUAUUAAAAAUGAUUAUGAUCUCACUGCUCUCUAGGAUAACAUGUAGUGUAAGAACUGCUCAGAUCUAAUUUAUUAAUAUAAAUCCACCGAAAAUCUAGACCAUUUAAAAAUCUAUCCGAAAG